GAAGUGUCAUAUUGGAGGGGCCCAUCAUCCCACUUUCCCAUCGCAUAAAACCCCUCUUCCCCUCGUCUCUUUUUACUUUCUCUUUCUUUGUCUACAAUCAAUUAAAAAACAUCACUUUACAAAAUGCGCCACGGCACCUGUUACCUCCCGAACGGGCAGAGCUUCACUGUGACGCCCGUCUUCGGCGGCUUCAACUUCAAGAGCAACGACUUGACUCUCCACCACUCCGUCCUCCCCCCAGGAUGGACCAUCGUCCUCUACACUCGCGACGACGACGAAUCCUCUGAAAAGGACGAGAAGGACCGCCAGCGCCGCUUCACAGACCCCACCCUCCGCAAUGACUGCCUCCACAUCGCAUCCACAGUCGACCCCUCCAGCGAAGACUUCAAACCCGCCAGUUCCCCGACGCGCCAGAUCGCACUGCUCCUCUACAUCACACUAUGGUGGUAUUUCCACGAACAAGAGCCGGAUCUGCAUCUACACUCGGCGAACUCGGCGAAGACCCCGCUGCUGGGUAAGCCCAAGGGCGACUGGCGGAUUAACAUCAAGCGCGAGGGGAUCUUCAAGAAGCGCAAUUUGCUGCAGAAGCUUGAGCGCAUGGGUUUGAUUGCGACGGAGGAUAGCUCUGUUGGGCUCGAGCCGAAUGAGAACCAGGACUCUGGGGCUUGGGAUAAUAUGUUUGUGAGCAGACGGAGUUUCUGGCAGUUGGAUCCAAGAUUGUUCCUGUUUACGCUUGCGCCAGCGGGGAUUCCGGCGUCGAUUACACGGCAGCAGAUCUCAUCCCCGACGACGGAUGAGCAGGCGAGAUUGAGAAAGGAGGGGCCGUUUACAUCGGGAAGCCAUCUACCCACCUACUUCCCCCCGCCACCAACGCAAUACACUUUCACAAAUGGCGUGCGCCAUCCACUUCGCACCAGGCCCCCGCACCAAGGCGAAGUCGUCUACAUCCGCUACAUCCCCAGCGUGGACCAAUACCUCUCCUUCCGAGUCCCCUACUUCUCGCCCUCAAAACAGUCCCAGUCCGUGUCACCAGGAACCACCCCUCCCUCCGGCUCCAACCAUACACACUCCCUCUCUUCCUCCUCCGCCAUCGGCAUGCAACAACCCCAGCCCAAAGACGGCCCAACAGACCUCGAGAUCCUCCACAAAUGGAUGAACGACCCCCGCGUCAAUGCCGCAUGGGGUGAGGCAGGCCCCAUCGAGCACCAGCAGGAAUUCCUGCGCCACAACCUCGCCUCGCACCACAGCUUCCCGGUCUUCGGAUGCUGGGACGGGAAGCCCUUCGGGUACUUCGAGAUCUAUUGGGCGAAGGAAGAUCGCUUGGGACCGUUGUUGGGCGGUCUGGGUAACUAUGAUCGGGGGAUUCAUUUGCUUGUUGGGGAGCAGGAAUAUCGGGGAUCUCACCGGGUGAAUAUAUGGUUGAGUUCGUUGGUGCAUUAUGCUUGGUUGGCGGAUUCGAGGACGGAGACGGUUUUGUUGGAGCCGAGGAUUGAUAAUGAGAAGGUCAUAAGUUAUCUGCAGAAAUCAGGCUUCUACAAAGAAGGCGAGGUGACCUUCCCGCAUAAGCAGUCGGCUGUUAUGAAGAUCAAGCGUGAUUCGUGGGAGGCGCCGGCCAUCUGAUCGUUGUCUUUUAAUGCACUUCCUCAUAUCGAUCGACGAUCAGCAUAGAAUGUAUAGUACUCUACGGAAUACACCCCAUCAAAUCAACCAACCCCUCCGCAGGUCUAGAUCUGAUGUACAUUCCUCGGAAAACUAAUCCAGAACCCGCGUGGCUGUACUGAAACCCCAUACUGUUCUGUAACGGUGGCGCACGUCCAGCCAUGCCUUGGAAUGUUGUCCUUGCUGUAUUGAAAAGUCUAUGUGGUCACCUCGCAUACUUGGAAUGUCGGAGAUCUAUAUUAAACUAGCAGUCUAUAAAUAUCAUUGUCAA